AUGACUAGAGAUGGAAUCACAAAGAACGAUAUUGACUUUGAAACGGAGAUGAGAAUUAAUUUUCCUAACAGAAUUAGAAUUACUUCUACUCUUUUAACUGACCAAGCAUUUAUUGAUAAAUUAGAUUUCGAUGAUUUUUCUCAAUGUGAUGAUAAAAUGGUUGUAUUUAAUUAUAAUGUAUCUCGUUACUUUGAAUUAAUUUCUUCCCAGAUUCAAAAUGAAUCUGAACAAAUUUCAAUGAGUACACAAUCAAAUGCAAACACAUCAUCACAACCGCCUGUUACAGUACCUAAUAGUAAUAUACAUUCUGAAAGUCAAAGCAAUGGAACUUUUCAUCCAUGUUAUAUCUAUUCUGAGCAAACAUCUGCAUUGAAUACAAUUAUAUAUUUAUGCAGAUAUUGUCCUUAUUUAUCCAAUUGCUUUGAAAAGAAAUCGCUAUAUGCUUUUGACAAAUUCUUCAAAGAAUUUGCCAAUCUGCUAAAAGUGUCAAAUAGAGUUCCUAUCAAUGUAAGCACAAUUGAAUUUUUGAAAUAUUUUCCAUCAAGUUGCAAAUAUCCAUCCGAAUUUUUAUAUUUUAUAUUAUACAACGCAGCGAAAAAUAAUUCAAUUAAGAAUAACGCGUUGAAAUCACUUCUAACUGAAUUUACAUGCUUUGAUCCUCAAGACAAAGAUGUUUCCCUUCAAAUUGAAGCUCAGUUAAUUCUACAAGGUUCUGACGAAUUUUUGAAGAUGCCAACAAUAAAAUCGAAGUAUCUUAUUGUACGAUGGAUCGAUGAGUUUAAUCUAGAGAUGAUUAAUAGAAUUAAAUACUUAUCUUCGAAAAAAUAUUUGCCAUUUGCAAUUAUUUUCAGAAAACAAGAACCCGACAUUUUUUCAAUUGCAAUAGUCGCAAAUCGAAGAGAUCAAAACAGAUACCUUUAUAUUAAUGAUUCAAGCAAUCAUUUCACAUUUGCAAAAAUAGAAGAUCUUUUGAAUACGGCUGAUCAAGAAGGAUUUGCAGUAUUUAAUGUUAUAUUUCAAAAAAACUAA